AUGGCUUUAUCACGAGUACAACAACAACAACAACAACAAAAACAACCUGAUCCGGAUUGUAAUUAUAAUAUUACUCAAAUAAUUCAAAGUAAAGGUUAUCCAUGUGAAGAACAUAAAGUAACUACAAAAGAUGGUUAUAUUCUUGGUGUAUUUCGUAUUCCACACGGUCGUAAAUCAACAAAACCAGGUCGACCUGUACUUCUUCAACAUGGCCUUCUUGAUUCAGCAACAACAUGGGUAAUGAAUUUUCCUGAUCAAAGUCUUGGUUAUAUUCUUGCUGAUGCUGGUUAUGAUGUUUGGCUUGGAAAUAUGCGUGGAAAUUAUUAUUCUCGUGCACAUACAAAAUAUGAUCCUAAUCAUGAUGAAGAAUUUUGGGACUUUAGUUGGGAUGAUAUGGCAAGAGAUGAUCUUCCAUCGAUGAUUUACUAUAUUUUAAAUGUAACAAAAAAUACACAAAUCGGUUAUGUUGGUCAUUCACAAGGAACCAUGAUUGCCUUUGCUGAAUUUGGUCAUCCAGAUAGUGUUUUACAAAACAAUGUAAGCUUCUAUGGUGCUUUAGCUCCUGUUGCGCAUGUCGGACAUAUAAAAUCACCAAUACGAUAUUUAUCAUCAGCAACUAUCACAAAAGAUAUAGAAAUUUUUUGGCAUUUAUUAUUUGGUAGAAAUGAAUUUCUUCCAUCAAGUUAUAUAACUAAAUGGCUUGGAACAUUUGCUUGUGGAGAAGUUAUAAUCGAUCGUGUCGUUUGUGAUAAUAUUUUCUUUUUACUUUUUGGACCAGAAAAAAAAAAUUUAAAUGAAACACGCAUGCCAGUCUAUGUAUCACAUGAACCGGAUGGAACAUCAGUCAAAAAUAUGAUUCAAUUUGCACAAGGCGUACAGACAAAUCAAUUUCAAGCAUAUGAUUAUGGUUCACCAGAAAAGAAUCAAUUACAUUAUAAUCAAACAACACCACCACCCUAUUCUAUUCGUCCUAUGAAAGUACCAACAGCAAUAUUUUCCGGUGGUGAAGAUUGGCUUGCCGAUCCAGAUGAUAUGAAUUAUAUUUUUGAUAAUAUUCAAAGUCUUGUUUUUAAAAAAUAUAUCCCAGAUUAUAAUCAUGUAGAUUUCGUUUGGGCUUUAUCAGCAAAUAAACUUAUUUAUGUUGAUUUACUUAACGUCAUGCAAAAAUAUCAUCCAGCUAACUAA